AAGUAUCAAAACAAAUUUGUGAAUUUUGUGGAAUGCUGUCUCCAAGUGAUCCUUAUAUUUUUCGCCUUGGAAAUCGCCCAGAAAUGGGGGAUUCACCACAGAACAUGUCUGUGGUUGAUGUCUACGACUUAGCUUCAAAUAUAGGCAAAGAAUUCGAAGUAAUUAUUGAUACUUAUGGAGUAGAUGCAGUGACAAGUCUGAUGCCAAAAGUGAUCAGAGCUCUUGAGAACCUGGAAAUAUUGGCCAACGACAAUGAACGUGAAAACAAUGAAAUUUCAGAGUUGAAAUUCGCAGUUCAAAAGCUUGAGAGAGAAAAAGCUGCUAAGGCUGAGGACAGGAUGCGAUAUGAGGUGGAAUUAGAGCAGAUUGAGGAAACAUGGCGAGCCGAGUCAAAGGACUUGCUGACGAUGGUGGCGAAGUUACAGGAAGAGAACAGACGGUUAAACAGUGCUUUGAGCGAGUCAGAACAGACUGCAGCAAAAUAUGAAAGUAAAGAGGACGAGUUCAAAAUCAUGACGAAAUUAAAGGAAUCAGUUGAUCGCCAUCGAGAUCAGAUCAGAGCGCUAAAGAGAGAAAAUACACAGAAAAAUGUCGACAUUGAUGCACUAACAGCCCAAUUAGAGCGAAUAGCCAAAGUAAACGCUGAGAUCAGACGGAAACAAACUGUGACGGCCAAACAAGCGCGAGUACUUAUCACCGAGAAAGCAGACUUACAAACAGCGCUCCAGGACAAGGAGCAACAAAUUCAGAAAAUCAAAGAACAUUUGGACAAAGAGUGUGUUGAGUCACCAUCGUCAACCGCUCCAACUUCACCAGAGGCCGACUAUGAGAGGUUGGAAGAACGUCUGCACCACGAAGGGAAGAUGGUGAUUGACCUCAAGGAUCCUAACCGUCCACGAUUUACGCUCAAUGAACUCAGGGAGGUGCUACUGGAGAGGAACGAACUCAAGACAAAGCUUAUAGAAGUUGAAGAUGAGUUAUCAGUAUAUAAACCAAAAGAUGAAACGGAAUCACUUGAUCUGUUGACCCAGUUAGAAGGGGCGGGUACCCCCUCUAUUGGGCCGAUUGAGGAGGAAGAGGAGGACCCACCUGUUCAAGGACCAAUAAACAAGGAACCGUAUGAAAAGUUAUAUCCCGAUUUGGUCAGGCAGGAGGAAUCUGGGAUUAGGAAAUUUUUUAGGAACCUUUUUGGAAGUUCACCAAAAACCAAGAAAACCAAGUCACCAAUGAAUAAACCCCAGUCGGCUAGUCAGCCCAGCAGCAGACGCAGCUCAAAUGCAUCGAUAAUUUCAAGCUGUUCCGCUACCUCAGCAGCGGCGGGAUCGCCAUCGUUAUCGCCGAUGAUCAUCUGAAGGUUCUGGCAGGAAGUCGAGCUGUCCGAUGACGAUGAGAUGCUUGAUGUCCUGCCUGAUGAUGAGGUCAGGUUUGAUGUCAACAUUGCCCUCAUGUGGCCGGCGGAAAGCUGCAAUCUGUGAUGUUGCGAUGAGACUUGAUUUUUUUUCCAAUAUUGUGGGUUGUCUGGAACAAUCCUGUAUUAUUGGGUUCAGCAUUAUUUAUGUUCUCUUUUUGGCCUCCAAUGGCAUCUUUCAUGUAACAGUGUAAAGCCAUGAAAUGCAUCAUCAGCCUUUAUCUGCAUUGUGUCAUGAUGUCUUGAGACCAAUAUUUCAGCUAUCUUAUGUAACGACACACUGUAUCAGAACACUGGUCCACUCCAGUGGAAUGGUUGAGGCUCUUGCUGAAGUUUGUACCAACAUGCUGUCAUGACUUGCAACAAAUGGUUUGUUUGCGGGGAUCUUUGUAGGUGCCUUCAACUAGUCAGUAAUGGCAGCCACCUGCAAUCUUUAUCAAACCAACUUUUGGCUGCUUUUAUUGGCAGACAGGUGUUCUUUUAUAGCUCAUCGCAGUGAUAAUUGUCACAGGUCUGUGGUACGCUUUAUAGUCAAUCACGUAUUUGAAGUAUCUGACAAAAAUGUACAAAUUAUUAUUGUUUAAUUAUACAUUGUAUUGAACUGUAAAAAGAUUGAUUCUUAUGUUAGUCACCCCACAGUGCUAGUACAUGAUUCAAUGAUGACACCAAGACUGGUUUCUCAUUAUCUUUCUGAGCACAGGGGUCAAAUUUUACAUGUGUGAGACAAAACUGAGCAGAAUUCUAAUUUUUCAGUUAUUUUGCAGAGUUUUGUCUCGUGAAACAUGCCCCUAUGUACUAAAGGGCUAUUAGGUGGUUGAUGCUUAUAACAGGAUGUUAUGGGAUAGUCAACCAGAGAAGACAUGGUGAUUAUGUAUACAUUAUUGUUUUGUCCUUUUACUUAUUAUUUGUGCUAAUUGUCUUAUUCAACAAUGUUAAAGAUUUUUUUCACGCUGAGAAUUGAUAAUGCAAGUUUUCUCGAGCAAUAAUCAUGUAGUGUCGGAGUAAUAAUUGACCUAUACGCCACAAGUCUGAAGCAUGGGUUAGUUCAAAAGAGGGUGAGGGGGCAUCAUGUCAUGAAGAAGCAGGGAGAAAUCCCAGCGAAGAAGAAGUCAAAAUAUGUUGAUUUAGGUCUCUCUUUAUAACGUGUUCAUUUUAAAGAAUCAAAAAUUAUUUGUAGUUUUAUAUAUACGAGUAUUUAGAUUUUGUCAUUGUUUAUUCUUUUGUGAUAUUCAAGUUACAAAUGAGGAUGAUACAAUUCUUUUACCUUAGCUUUUACUGGUAGUUGGUCAGAUGGUUAGAGUUUUUAGGUUAAACUUUAUCUCUUAAGAACUGGUCGGCUAGAUUAUAUUUACCUAUUGACUGCUUGAUAUGCAUAUUAUGAUCUAAUAUAUGUUCUCUAAUUGGUUGACAUUUCUGUAACACAAAUCUUGUACCUCAGUGUAUUAUGUCAGUAUUGAAGUUAUCAAACUCCGCACUUUAGACAAAUUACCAAUUUGCUGCAUCAGGUAUUUUUGGAAAGCUCUUCACAAAUAUAAACAAAUUGGCUACCAGUGAUUUUUUGCUCACCGUAGGGGAGUCUAUACAACACCGCUGUGUCCGUCGUCCGUUGUCGUCAUCGUCUGUAUCCUGUUUAAAAAACAGUGGUACGUUUCUUAACCGCUAGAGCUAUGAACUUGAAACUUUGUACACAGGACCCCCAGGUCAGGCAAUAUCUUUACGGUGAGCACAAUGGCCCUUGGCCGUUUUAUUUAGAUCACUCUGUCAAAAAUAUGCAAUGAGUUUCUGAAAAACAACUGAAAUUGUCAUAUCCAUUCUAUUAGAAUUAAUAAGACAUUUUGUUUUGUACAUAUUACAUGUACUAAAAUUUGUAGUACAUUGUGGACAAUGGUUCACAAGCGAAGAUUCCACUGACUGUGUGUGGGUGGCAAUAAGUGCACAUCCUGGACCAAGAUAAAACCAGGUCCGCUUCUUUGGACAUGUGGAAAUUGACCACCCAUUAAAUUAACAAAAAAAAUGAUGAUCAAUGGACUUUUUAAUCUGUUCUGUAACAGAACAAGUGUUGUUAGUGAACCAUUCUCCACAGUGACUUAGGGUUGUGCUACAUUUUACCACCAAUACUAGCAAGAUUAAUCCAUAUUGUACAGUUUUUGUCAAUUGUGUUAGCAGUAAUGCAUAGGUAUUUUGUAGUCCAUCUCUUCAGAAAAAAAUCUGAAAAAGUGUUGUGUGACAUAUUUACACUCAUGGAUGAUUCAAAUACUGUGAACCUGGAAUUUGAAUAGAUUUUUGCUUCAUAACGAUAACUACCAUUGAUUAUUCCCGAUUCUCAACUGUUUGAAAUCAUUGAGAGUCGGAAAUAAGAAGAAUUGCAAUAAGGAUGCGGAAAUGUGGGGAAAAAUUUUUAAAAGUAAAAAAUGGUCUAUUCCUAAAUUCACAUUCCAUGACAAGAUCCAAAUGAAAGUGUAAUGCAUAGAGCUCUUGUAUCAGGAAAUAUUGUAAAAAUAUGAGAUCAUUUCGUGAUCGUGUAUUCGUGUAGCCUAUACAAGAUGGAUCAAUGAGAAUAAAAAUUAUGAUACAAUCA